AUGAUGAGUUCACCAUCAUUAAUAUCACCAUUAAAUAAAUCACGUACAUCUGACAUAAAACCAAUUCGUCUUCAAUUAGAUCCAAUACGUUUACAUGAGCCAGCUCGUUCAAAAUUAUCAACAGUUGAAACUCAACGUAUUAUGAUUGUUUUCGAUGAUUUUGUACAAAAAAUGGAAUUAAUUGAAAUGUUGCCUAUAAUUGUUUCACAUGCAGAUUUAUUUAAAUCAAUUAUUGAUACAGAAACCAUGAAUGAAAUACAUAGACAUGAACAAUUAAAACAAGCAUAUGAAAAUAAUGCACCACUUCAAUCAAUGUCGAAUAUUAUUGAAAAAUUGCCACAAUUUGAAAAUUAUGCACGUCGUUUUGAUAAAUCAUUAUCACAUAAUGCUAAUGAAAAAAUUGCUUAUCAUUAUUAUAUUCAACAAUCAAUUCGUAAUGUUCUUCGUCGUCUUGUUCAUCAACAAAAUCGUUUUGAUGCUAUUAAACGUAUUUUACAAAAUAAUAAUUUAUUACCACAACAAAAAGAUAUUAUGCGAGUAUUAAAAAUGUUAAGAGAAUCUGCAAUGGAAAGAUUUUUAACAACACCUCUUGAAGAACGUGAAAAAUUUGAACAAAUGAAGAAUUUAAAUACACGUCUCUCAUCUAAUGAAGCUAUUAUUGCUAAACUUGAAAAAGAACUUAAUGAUGCUAUCGCUGAGCGUGAUGCUGACGUAAGUUGA